AAAAAAAAUCUAUUUCUUCUUCUGCAUUCCUAUGACAAACAUUUAAGUUUACUGAUGUGAAGCAUCUGGUCUGGGCAAAGGUAUAGAGGCUCUUCUGGGAGGGGGAAGGAUACAGUUUUGCUCUUUCAAGUUUCUUUUUUCAGGUCCCACUUAUUGACCCCCAUGGUAAAUCUGUUUUUUUUUUUUUUUACUAAUGGUCAUGUUAUUACACAGUUUAAGUAAUUUGAAUUCAGAGUGGUUAUUAAUGAAUUUUAACUCUAUUUGGUAUUGCUCCUAAAAGAGCAGUGUUGAGAUACCUGUCUUUUUUAAUGGAAAAAUAGUAGAAGUCAGGCUAGGUCCUGUUCUAGGCUGCUAUUGAUUUGUUUUGCGACUUUGUUUUGCGUCCAAGAAAUGGAAAUUUACCCCAUUUUAUACAUGAGCAUAUUGGGGCAUGGGAAGGCUAUCUCACAUGGUUCUUGUGAGGAUUAAUAUUUAUAAGCACUUGGAUUCUCAGAUGUAAUGUCCUAUGCAAUAUUAAUUCUCCUGAGCCCUGACAGUGAAAUAUGUUGCUUUACCAAGCCCUGUUUUGUUCUCUGUUUUUUUGGAUUGUUGUUGAAGGUAAAGGUACUGGCAUGAAACAUCUAUUAUUGUUAGGCUAACAUAGGUUAACCCUAGAUAUCUAGGUGGUUAUGUUUUCUGCAUCUGCUGCUUUGUGCUGCAGUGUGUUUGAAUCAGUACAGGGAUGGGAGGGAAGUAUCUGAGCUAUUACUGCAGCAGUCUCCAUUGUCUGAAGAGAGAGUGAGCAUUGUUUUGAAAGGUAUUUCUUUCAUGUAUGCCCUUAAAUUAAUCUACAGUACAAAAGCAUCGGGUGACCCAAUUAAAGCCUUGUUUCAUUUUGUAGUUUAGGGAUGUCCAUAACUUUGAGGCACGUGAAAGAUAACCUUGCAGGGAUGAAAUGCACUUUGUGCCUUGUUUCUUUUAUAAAACAAAAGCAGGAAAAAUAUAGAGAAAGGAUGAACAGUGAAACAACCUUUUUAUGUUAGAAAUCCAGGACCUGUUUGUAUUAUCUGCUCUACGGUGAUUCAGAAACUAUUGAAUUUCUGACACUACAAAGGACAGAAAACUGAGGGAAGAAAAAGGAAAGGGUAUUUAGUCAGACUAUAAUGUUUUGGUUUUCUGUUAACGCCUCUCUAAUGUUUGAGAUGAAUGCAUAUUUUAACUCAUGAGUACCUUUACAAUAAAUUCAACAAUUUUACUUAGGCUAUAUAAGCCUUCCUCUAGACACCUUCAUCAAGGUGGGGUGGGCCCUUCCUUUCCAAGGUUUUGGUAAAGGGAAAAGCUUUCAGAGAGAAAUAAUUAAAAGACAAAAAGCCCACCCCAAAUGUUGCUUGUAGAUCAUUUUUAAAGACUCCCAAGCCCUGGGUCUGGCUUUUGGAGGCUGUUUUAGGGGCCUUGUACCUCACGCCUGAGUGAGGGUGGUUCCUUGCCCUCCAUCAAUGCUGACCUCGUGAAGGAACACCUUGCGAGACUGGACACCUUCAAGUCAGCCGGCCUGGACAAUUUACACCCCAGAGUACUCAAGGAGCUGGCCUACAUCAUAGCUCAGCCCCUGGCACAGAUCUUCGAGAGCUCCUGGCACUCUGGUGAAGUGCCCAAUGAUUGGAAGAAAGCCAAUGUGGUGCCUAUCUUCAAGAAAGGGAGGAAAGUAGAUCCGGGGAACUACAGGCCCAUCAGCCUGACCUCUAUCCUGGGGAAGGUCUUGGAAAAGAUUAUCAAAGAGGCCAUUCUUAAUGGACUGGCUGAUGGCAACACCCUGAGAGAUAGCCAGCAUGAGUUUGUUGCAGGUAGGUUGUGCUUGACCAAUCUCAUUUCCUUUUAUGACCAGGUGACCUAUCACCUGGACAAGGGGGAAGAGAUUGAUGUCGUAUAUCUUGACUUUAAAAAAGCCUUUGAUCUGGUCUCUCAAGAUCACCUCUUGGCAAAACUGGCCAACUGCGGCCUCGGGUCCACCAUGAUCCGCUGGCUGGGAAAUUGGCUCCGUGGUCAGACCCAGAGGUUGGUGGUUGACAAAGUCAAUUGUUAUGGUCCCCUGUGACCAGUGGGGUCCCGCAAGGCUCUGUCCUUGGACCUAUAUUGUUCAACCUCUUCAUUAAUGAUGUGAACAUUGGAGUCAGAAGCAGACUGGCCAAGUUCACUGAUGAUACCAAACUUUGGCGUAAAGCAUCCACACCUGAGGACAGGGGGGUAAUCCAGGCUGACCUUGACAGGCUCAGGAAACGGGCGGACGAGAACCUGACGGUGUUUAACACCGAAAAAUGCAAGGUUCUCCAUCCUCGGAGAAAAAACCUGCAGCAUGUUUAUAGGCUCAGCAGUGCUACACUGACUAGCACUAUGGACGAGAGGGACUUGGGGGUCAGGAUGGACCACAAGAUGAACGUGAGCCUUCAAUGUGAUGCUGCGGCUAGUAAAGCGAGCAAAACCCUGGCUUGCAUCCAUAGGUGCUUUUCAAGCAAAUCCCAGGAUGUCAUUCUCCUGUUGUACUCGGCCUUGGUGAUGCUGCAGCUGGAGUACUGCAUCCAGUUUUGGGCUCCGCAAUUCAAAAAGGAUGUGGAGAAGCUUAAGAGAGUCCAGAGAAGAGCCACGCACAUGAUCAGAGGUUUGUCGAUAUUUUCUAGUGAGAAAUCAAACAAGUAUGUGGCACAUUCAUAUAACUUUUUCCUCUUCCCCACAAUGUUUGGAACCCUGGAUUCGGAAUUCUCCUUCCAGGCAUCUAGCAUUCAGUUCCUGACUCAUUAUGGGUUUGACUAUAACAAGUUUCUUAAAGAUGGUAUCCCAUAUGUGAAUGAGGUACAGGAGAAGAAACUUCAGCAAGAACUUUUUGCUGGAAAUUGGAAAGUCCACAGCACUUUAGACAAGGAUAGACUGAAAGUGGUGAUUGAUGAAGUGACGCGCUGGGUCUCCUCAGCAGAAGAGGGGGAGUCCAUGGUUGUUUCUGACCUAACAGGCUUUCAGAUAUUUGAGGUGCAGCUGAUUCUGAGACGAGCGCUUCCUGAUAUUUGGACAAAGCCUUCUGGAGAUAAUGAGGUGAUAGUAGAAAAGAUGAAUCCCCGGCAUCGUUGGCAUCUGGAGAACACUUCUUGUGACUUCUGCCGUAAGGAGCUCAUUCUCCUAUCUGCCCGGGGUUUCACUAGCCUCUUCCAGACACUUGUUAAAGCCAAGAAGCCACUGGUGGGACAUAACAUGCUGAUGGACCUUCUACAUCUUCAUGAUAAGUUCUACAGGCCCCUUCCAGAAAGCUAUGAAGAGUUCAAGACUAAUAUUCACAGCCUGUUUCCUGUCAUAAUAGACACAAAGAAUGUCACAAAAACCAUCUGGAAGGAGCUUAAAUUCCCUCGAGCAUGUAACCUCUUGGAGACUUAUGAAAUCCUGUGCAGUGACCUGAAUCCCACAAACCCGACAUGCCCAGUGAUUUCUCAUGCAAGUGACUGUUCAAAAUAUGCUGAAGAGAAAUAUCCUCAUGAGGCAGCCUAUGAUGCAUUUCUUUGUGGAUCAGUUCUUCUGAAAGUAGCUCACUUGCUUCUAUGCAGAAUGCCUUGUGACACAAAAAAGAAUGGUCCCUCUUUCUCUCAAUAUCUAAAUGUAUUAGCUAAGUACCUGAACCAGGUGAAUCUCAUCCGAGCUGCUGUCUCAAAAAUCAAUUUCUCUGGUGCAGAUGUCCCCAGCCGCCAUCUCCCUCUUCUGAUUGCCAGUGUUCGGGGGUGGCCUGGGGUGAAUGAAGAGCAGAUCUAUCAGGAGUUGAAAGGUCUGUGUAGGUUUGAUGUCAGACAGCUGACCAAGAACCAAUUCCUGCUGCUCUCCAAUAAUUUUAAGAACGUCAGGGUUGUUUUGGAAGAUUAUAAAGAUUACCCCAAUUUACGGAUUUCUUUCUAUCACUACUGGAGGCACUCACCACAAGUGAACUGCUUGCUACAAUUUUGGGGGUUUUAUCAGAGAAUUUGUGACUUUUUUAUGAGAAAACCAGAAUCUCUGAUGAUAAUCCAUUCUGAUCUCCCUUCUGCUGUAUAUCUGCAACUGACUAAUGUGCUACCAAUUAAGUAAUGUCUGACACUAACAAAUAGUGAACCCCAAUGAAAAUAUUUUUAGGCGAGGCAUCUGUAGUGACUUAAAAAGAUUGUGUAAAUUAUUCUGACUUUGAUCACCAAUUAAAUGUUCUUUUGUGGACCUCCCAAAACGAUCAUGCUGUCUUCAUUGAUGGAUGCUAAUCUGUACAAAGCUCAAUAUUGGAAUGACCUAUGGGGGAAAAAGUGGAGAAUUAAAGUGUGUGUGACAGAGGGAGAGACAGGGAAGAGCUAAAACAUUCAAGAGUUUGUAAAAGCAGUGACUGAGUGCAGGAAAAUGUUAAUAUUAGACCUGACAUAUUUCAGGGAGGAGUCUCACUUUCAGAAGCACCUCUGUAAUUGUAAACAGCUUAAAUGAUGUUUCAAUAUUCUUUCCUUUUGUAGGAUUUGUGGCAUUGUGGCCUCCUGGUCUCUUUUGGCUUUUGUGCUUGGAGGAUCUCUGUGCCACCCAGUUUAAGUUUCAUAAA